CGGCCCGCCCGCCCCCGCCACAUAAGGGCCGCGGCCGGCGCUGGCCCCCGCUCCCCCGGCCGGACCGGGCAUGGAGGCGGCGCGGGAGUGCGUGGGCUCGGUGGUGCGAUCUUUGGUAUCCGUGGGAGCGGUGACAAAACAGACCCUGUUCCCUCCUCUCAUGCCUGCAGGGCGACCUUUCCGUGUGUCAAAUGCCUCCCGAAGCAGCCGAAAAGGAAUUGUUGCAAGCAGUCUGCAAGAGCUCAUCAGCAAGACUUUAGAUGCCUUCCUUAUAUCUGGGAUAGUUAUUCUGGUUUUGGAGGAAGAUGGCACGGUUGUGGACACAGAAGAGUUCUUCCAGUCCCUGGAUGAUAAUACACACUUCAUGGUUCUAGAAAAAGGACAGAAAUGGACACAAACAAGAAAUGGAGUCGCUGCUUUGCGGCAAAAGAAGAAAAUGGGAGUAGCUAACAUCACAUUUGAUCUGUACAAGCUGAACCCUAAGGAUUUUAUUGGCUGCUUAAACAUCAAGGCGACCUUCUAUGAGAUCUACUCAAUCUCAUAUGACAUCAAAUGCAUGGGAGCAAAAAGCAUAUUGCGGAAGUUGCUUCAGCUAAUGUCCCACAUGGCACAAAUAACUGGACAGUUUCUUCUCUAUACUGGAACAUACAUGUUGCAGUUGAUGGGUGAAUAUGAUGAAGAUGGCACGUGUACAAGAUCAAGGCAGGAAUAGUGAACACUUCUGAUAUCGGAUCCAUUUGCUUAAAGACAUUCUCUUGCCCAAUUUUGAUUGUAAUGAUGUUAUAGUAGGGGGAUGUCCACUGAUGUGAACUAAUGUUUUUCCCAUUUGGGAAUGCUUGUAGGCCUUAGUCAUAAAACAAGCGUUCGGUGUUCACAGGCUCUUAAUGCAGCAAAAGGAUGGGUGCCUCAUGUCUGAGAAUUUGGCAAAAGGAUGGGGGGCAGGUUUUUGCCCCAACAACUCAAAAUGGAUAACAAGUAUACUUGGAAACCUGCAUGCUGUGUAACCAGGGGGGUAUUUCUUGCACUGAUCAAAACAUAAUUUGGUUGGGUUUUUUAUGGCUGUCGACUUGCCUUCUGAACAGACUGAGCUGUAAGGUGGGGGAGCUGUGGGGGUUUUUGGGUUUUAAUCCUUACCAGUGCUGGUAUUAGUGUCCAACUGGCAUUGAUAUACAAAAGGGUGAAAUGUGCUUCUUUAUUUCUGCUACCAAUGGAAGUACAUAAUGCAGCUGGAUCCUGGUUCAGUGACUGACCACUCUCAUGAAGUCUAAUUGGAGAAAGUGCAACUACUAAGCAGAACCUUAAAAUUUGGCCUUAUUUCCCUUAAAACAAGUAAAAACAUUUCAUUUUAACUCUUCAUAUUGUUCUUCAAAUAUACAGAAAGUUCAAGUUAGUAUAGCUCAUACCAGUUGAAGAAACUGAUAUAUUUAUUUAAUGGGUCUGAUGUCCAGUUCUGCCUGAAGUAUCGAAUAAUUUGCCAUAGUUCCAUGAAUAUGGCUUACAAGCCACCUGCUGAAGCUUCCUUCAGGGGUUAAACCAUCUCUUCUGUAGCUUUUACUGUUCAGUUGCAAGAUGAUAGUACAUCCCAAACAAUACUUGAGAUAAGUGUAGCAUGGAUCUGUAAGAGAUGCUGGAUUUUGAUGCCCCUGUGUUCAGCAGCAGGGUCACUAUCUGGUCUUGUAUAACAUAUAUGGUCUAAACAGGGUAUUUGUGGCUUCGUAGUGUCUCAAGACAAGCUGUAUUAAAGGACCAAGUUUUUAAUCCUUAGGUAGAAUUGCCUGGAAUGUUUUCUACAGUUUAGUGAACUGCUAGUAUGACUAGCUCCCAGCAAGCUUUUCCUCAACAGGGUAGAAAACUGCAAAAUGAGCAGUGUUAGGCAUCUUGUGUCAAAAUACCAACUCCCAUUGCUGAAGGGAAAAAGGCCCAACUCCAGUUGUCCAUAGGUGGGGCUCUUGCCGUUUUCACAUGCUUGCUUAUGAAGAAUUUCAGUAAGUUGUUAUAUUCUUACUUAAAUCUGAAAGCUGUUAAGGAGGCAGCAGAUACUGGUAAUAUCUGACCUGAUGGCAGGUGCCACCUAGGAAGAGAAGCUCCGGUGACAGAGUGACCAAGUGGGGCAGGGAAAGAGAGCAGUGUAAGCAAAAGGGAAAAGGACCAAUGUUUUCCCCUCACAGUGCUUGCCAUGCCUCUGCUGAGACAGGAAUCCAUUAACUAUGUGCAUCAGCUGCACUGAUGAGUUGGAGGAAAACCUAAUCCACUAAAAGAGGCGCAGGUGGCCUGAAAAGACCAAGCAUCAUGGUUGGUGGGGAUCCAUUCUGACCUGUCGACUGGGUCUGUUCACUUCAAAUGUCACUAAUAUGUGGGAAUAUUGCUCCUGCUUUUAUCUGCAAAUUUCACCUUCAUUUGCUUGUUUUUGCCUUCCCUUUAUGGAUAUGACUUAGCCAGUGAUCUUUCAAAUGACUGUUGUGAUGAAAAGCAGCCUAAAUCCAAGGUUAAAGUUUAAAGGGACUGCUGGACACAAGUUUACUAGGUCUCUGCCUGUCUCUUCAGUAAAGGUAUUACAAAUAAGUAGACAGCUAAGAAAAACCUUGGUUUUUUCCUGAUUUCUAUUGUUUCUCAUCAACUCCUGAGUGUUUGCUGGAGGGGGGAAGGGCACACAGCUCUGGACGAGGGGAGGACUGGCUCUUUCCUAAUUUCUCCCAGGGAAGAACACCUGUAACUUGCAGCAUGGUCAGGUUUCCUUCAGAAGAAACUAUUCUGUGAUUAAUGAGAAAGAGGUUAUGUUAAAAUGGAAGCUUUAUACUUCAUCUGUAUUGUUUUCACCAUCACCCCGCCCUGCCCGAAGUGAUUCUUGCCACGAUAACUGUUGGCCAAAGUCUUUCUCUCCCUAUCAAGGAAUAGCAUUUAACUGAUACAGUGCAAGGACUUUGUCAUUAAUUCUUUCAGCUUUUAAGGACAAUUUAUUCUAUUUAAAACAAGCACACCUCUUGAAAGCAAACUCUAUGUAAUGCUCCUAAGAAUAUUUAUGUUGCUAAUGCUGGGAGCACCAACAUCAAAAAAAACAACAAACAAACCCAAACCCAACCAACUUGCAUAGCUCAGUGUUGCUUUGUGUGACUUGCCUCUUCAACAUCUGUAAUACAAAAGCUUUUGCAAGUCUGAACUGUGCAGAUCUCAAAUUCCAGCCUUCUAUAGCCAGAGGCAAUUGUUACAGAACUAACGCUCCAUAGUUUCCAGUGGCACUAUCUGAGAACCUAACGUGAUCUAAAAUGCUGACUUGGUAUAAAUUCGCAAUGUUUUUAAGCAGCUGCUUCUUUGACAGCUUAACACUUAAAACUUGAGCUGCUGACGAUCAUGUGAGCUGCAAAGUCUGCAUCUUAGAGCAUGUCCCUCUAAUUCAAAAUGCAAACAGCUGAACAAAGUAACCCAGCUCUGAUAUUUUCACAAAAUGGGAGAAGUGUCUUGGAAGUUGUAAGUGUCUGAAAUUGUUCCAUUACUUCUUAAUCUGGGUUUUGCCACAGGCUUAGUAUUUGGGGCAUGAUAUUUGCUCUGUACCAACUUCUUUGCAGAGAUAAAGCUUUGGCUUUGGGUCAAACUGGAGGAGUUUGUCAUUCUCUAAGUUGGAACCAGUUUGAAUUUUUUUUUUUUUUUUACAGACUGCUUAGGAGGCAUAGCUUUUACUUUAGCUGAAUGCGGUACACAGCAAAGAGCAACUUCAGCAUUACCUACCUUUCAGAAAACUAUAUACGAGUGGUGUACAGUGUCUAGCAAGAGACAGAAAAAACUCAAAGCAUGGGCUCUUAACUGCAGGUAUAUAGAGAAUAGGCUAGCUUUUUUUUCCUACUUGACAUUUUUAGCUUUAAUUUUUCUUGCCAUAAAAUCACUUAUAAUCUGAAUCUGCACUUGUUACUGUUGCAGUCAAGGCUGGUAGCAGUGACAUGUUGAAGGUGUGAAAGAUGUUUACUGCCUCCUUGCUUGCACUGGCCCUUUUUGCCUGUUGCUUUGCAUCACUUACUAACAAUGCACCAAGUCAUACUCUCUAGUUACCAAAAAAGGAAUUUUCACUGAAGUACUCGAUCUUGUUGACUCAGGCACUGUUCAUGUUCUGCAGGCAAAACAAAGUUGCUCUCUUCAUGACUAGAAUGAAGAAAUCUGGUAGCUUUUUUGUGUGUGUAAUUUAUCAUUACUUCAUUUCCUUCCUUUCAUAAACCCAUGAAGUUGUUGCUUUUUUGCACCUUCCUAUUCUUUCAGAAGAAACAGGAUUAUGAGCUCUUCUGUCCAGGGGGAGAGGAAAAAGCAGGGUCUAAAUUCCUUAGACUGUUUGGAGUAUGCUGUAGGAAACAUCCUGAAUCUCUUCCCUACAGAAAAGGGAAGGGUAAAGAAAGAAAAACAGGACUUUGAGCUGGAGGUUUUUUUCACUACUGUGAGUAGAGAGGUAGGCGUUCACAAUUUAGGAAGUGUUGGUAAUUCUGAAUAUUAACUGUGAAGAUCACUACAUAAGAUCACUUGUAACUGACUAGAGUUAUAACUCUAAAUCAUUUCAGCAUGCUUCUUCUUGAGAUAGCACUUGAACUAAAGGCACAAGCUUCUUUUUAAUAAAAACAAACAAAGUUUAAAACCAAAGUAUAUCUUUGACUUGAUGUCUCAAGUUUUGCUGAAGGUAUUAAUGUGAUUAACAUACCACUUCAGUUAUGUGUUAGUAAGUAUCCCUUUGGGGUUUAGAGUUUAUCACUGCUUUCUCUACCUUACCUUGUCAUAUAUGCAGUUAAGAUAUUUAUAAACAUGAAGAUCGCUAUUUUGCUAAGGGAAAAGAUAGUAUUUUACCACACAGUUUUCAAGUUUAGUAGUUCAACUUGCUAUGAAAAUUGAGAUGGGUGAGAAUUGUGUCAGUGAUGGCAAUAUUUUCUGAUGCGUGGUGCCAAUUUUAAGGAACACUGUCCAUGAGUAAAUAAAAUCAAAUGGUGGCUUUGGA